AUGCUCGCCGGCGCCGGCGGCGAUCCUGUGCCGCCUACAGGUUCUCUCCCACCGACGGUGUUCCGUCACUCGCCGACGCACUCCGAAGUAUCACCAACUAUAUGUAGUGCACCUCCGGUGCUUGAGACCACGAUGGUCAGGCAGUACCUAGAUCUGGCCCCGAAGAGGCUAUCGUCUGGCUUGGCAUCCCCGACACGCGCACCCUAG